UGCCUGCAUCCUUCAGUUGGGCGUUGAACUCGGAUGUGCAGCAGAGCAAUGAUGGAUCUGCGGUUGGGAAGACUGAAACGCUACUCCCUUCACCGUGGAAUCCUUCCCCUCAUAGUGCUUGUCUUAGUCUUCUUUGGCUAUGUGUUCCUGAGCCUCAGAAGCCAGGAAUUGGGGCACCCAGGAGCUGUGACUAGGAAGGCCAGUCCCCAGCCAAGGGUGCUAAACCCCACUAGGAAAGAUGUUCUUGUCUUGUCUCCUUGGCUGGCUCCCAUCAUCUGGGAGGGGACCUUCAACAUCGACAUACUGAAUGAGCAAUUCAGGCUUUGGAAUACCACGGUUGGACUGACUGUGUUUGCCAUAAAAAAGUAUGUGGUGUUUCUUAAGCUGUUCCUGGAGACGGCAGAGCAGCACUUCAUGGUGGGACAUAAGGUCAUCUACUAUGUCUUCACUGACCGGCCAGCGGAUGUGCCACAGGUGCCGCUGGCUGCAGGACGGAGCCUGGUGGUUCUAACUGUGCGCAACUACAGCCGCUGGCAGGACGUGUCCAUGCACAGGAUGGAGAUGAUCAGCCUCUUCUCAGAGCGGCGCUUUCUGCAUGAGGUAGAUUACCUGGUGUGUGCAGAUGUGGACAUGAAGUUCAGUGACCAUGUGGGUGUGGAGAUUCUCUCAGCACUCUUUGGCACCCUGCAUCCUGGCUUCUACAGUAGCAGCCGAGAGGCCUUUCCCUAUGAGCGACAGCCAAAGUCCCAGGCCUACAUCCCCAGGGAUGAGGGUGACUUUUACUACAUGGGAGCCUUCUUUGGAGGGUCAGUGGUGGAGGUGCGCCAUCUCACCAAGGCCUGCCACGAGGCUAUGGUGGAGGACCACACCAAUGGUAUUGAGGCCGUGUGGCAUGAUGAGAGCCAUCUGAACAAGUACCUGCUUUACCAUAAGCCUACGAAGGUGCUGUCCCCAGAGUACAUGUGGGACCAGCAGAAGCUGGGCUGGCCUUCCAUCAUGAAGAAGCUGAGAUAUGUGGCUGUGCCCAAGAACCAUCAGGAAAUCAGGAACUGAUAGCUGAAUUCCUAUUGGAGAGGACAGGCUGAUAGCCAGGUGGCACUCCAGCCUGUGCUGAAACUGAAAGGAUUUGAGAGACAAUUGUCACCCUCUACCUCAGAGUACAGCCGGCCCAGUAUCACUUCACUUACCACACCUGAGCCCUGGAGUGGCAACCACCUUCAGCUCUUCUGUUUGUCUCUAAGCUCCUUGUGUUGAGUGACAUGGUAGAUGGAGCCUUCAGAACAUGGAGAAACUUUGUCACCUGAGGGCCUGUGAAUCCUCACUCAGGCUCAUUCCCUCCUCUGCUGUGAGGACUGACAGAGGGCCAGUGCCCUUAGGAACAGGUGGGAGGGCAGGAGCGCCAGCCUGCAGUCCACAGAGGCGCUUAGCUCCUUUUCAGCUCAUUAGGGGCAGAUCAGCACUCUGUGCCCGUCACCUCUACUCAGGUUUGGUUUAUUUGGGAAUAGUUCGUUAUCCAUUUCUGGGAAUAAGUGCAUUUCUAGG